AUGAGCUCCUACUUUGUCAACCCGCUCUACUCCAAAUACAAGGCGGCGGCGGCGGCGGCGGCGGCGGUGGCGGCGGGGGAGCCUCUGCCCGCCCCGUACUACGACUGUCACUUCGCGCCCGAGGUGAGCGGCCGCCACGCCGCCGCCGCCGCCGCUCUGCUCUACGGGACCGGCUUCCCGCAGCCCGGCGGGGCGGGGGGCGGCGGCGGCGCGGACUUUUACCAUCCGGCCGGGGGGAGCCCCGCGGCCGCCUACCAGCCGCCUCCUCCUCCCCCCGCCGCGCCUCCGCCUCCUGCCCCCUGCAGCGGGGUUACCUGUCACGGGGAGCCCGCUAAAUUUUACGGAUACGAUAACUUACAGAGACAGCAGAUUUUUACGACACAGCAAGAGGCCGAGCUGGUACAAUAUCCUGACUGUAAAUCGUCCAGUGCUAAUAUUGGCGAGGAACCAGACCACUUAAAUCAGAGCUCGUCUCCUGCUCAAAUGUUUCCCUGGAUGAGACCGCAAGCAGCGCCCGGGAGGAGGAGAGGGCGGCAGACGUACAGCCGCUUCCAGACGCUGGAGCUGGAGAAGGAGUUUCUCUUUAACCCCUAUCUGACCAGGAAGAGACGAAUCGAGGUGUCCCAUGCCCUAGGACUCACCGAGCGGCAGGUAAAGAUCUGGUUUCAGAACAGGAGGAUGAAGUGGAAAAAGGAGAACAACAAGGACAAAUUCCCCGCUUCCAAGCAGGAGGGAAAGGAAGGGGAGGCCAAAAAGGAAACACAUGAUCUGGAAGACGACAGAGCCGAAAGCCACACGAAUUAAAUUAAUUUUGCCCUAAAAGCCUUUGUGAGAGGCCAUCAGAAACGAGGAGCCCACGGCCACCGCUCCGGGCCCAUCCCCGCCGUGUGCGUCCCGCGGGGUCGCGUCCCGCCCCACUGCGUGCUGUGUGGGUUCGGGUUUGGGUCUAACUGCAUCCGGAGCGAUCUCCAGA